AUGUCUCGAAAAGUGAUAAUCAAUAAUACCAAAACCUCAGACAGAAGAUCUGCUUCCGGUUUGAAGGCAACAAGCUACUUGCACACAAACCAAGAAUUGAAACUUGAUGACGAUAGCAGUGUCAGUAAGACUGCCGGAUUACUGAAAGAUUUAAAACAGUCCGCAGGAUCAAAGCCGAACCCUACACAUUUCAAGCUGUUUGUCGGAAACCUUGGACAAGAUGUAGACGAAGAACUUCUUCUUCGAUCCCUGAUCAGAUAUCCUUCGGUUUCCCACGUUCAAGUGCCUAAAGAUCCCAAAAAGGGAGAAAAUAAAGGGUAUGGGUUUGUUUCCUUUGCUGAUUCUGAAGAUUAUCUGAGAUGUUUCAAGGAAAUGAAUGGAAAGUACAUUGGAUCCAAGCCGGUUGAACUGAAGAAGGCAAAAGGCAAAGAAACAUCGACAAAAAAACAUAAAAGAGGCGAUAAAAAAAGACAUUAG